CCAUGAUCGAAGUGUCUAGCCUGUCUAUAACAAAAUCAAAGCAUCUGAAGUGAAAACUCACCAAUAUCAAUGGAGAAGGUGCAAAACCAUGCAAAGCAUACUCUGCUCCUAUGGCUCUUCUGCUUCUUCUUCCUUCUGCAUCUGUCAUCAGCAUCCACUCCUGAUAGUUAUUUUAUCAACUGCGGAUCUAACCAAACUAUCACCAUUGGAUCCCAGACGUUCGUGGGAGACACCCAACCAGGCCAGCCCUAUGUACGUUUCAUCAUCCCCUCUUUGAAUUCCACGGUUGCCCUCAAAGACGCAAACCAAUUUCGAAAUUCAUCAUCUCUCUACCAUACAGCGAGAAUUUUCACAACACCAUCUUCUUACGAGUUCCAGAUCAAAGCCAAAGGUCUCCAUGUGGUACGCCUCCAUUUCUUCCCUUUCACCUCUCAGCAAUAUGAUUUCUCCUCUGCUGUUUUUGAUGCUUCGGUCCUUGGGUUCUCUCUAUUGAGCCGUUUCAGCAUCCAAAGCAAGAACAGUGGCGCUGUAAUAAAGGAGUAUUUUCUUAGGGUGACCGGUAAAGAACUCAUAAUCUCCUUUUCACCUUCCCAUAAAAUAUCACAUCUAGCAUUUGUUAAUGCCAUUGAAGUAUUUUCUGCACCUGACAACCUCAUCACUGACACCGCCCAUUUCAUUGAAUUCACUGGAAUCAAGAAUUAUAAUGGCCUAUUAGGACAGGUCUUAGAGACUCUAUAUAGGAUCAAUGUCGGAGGUCCUGAAAUCACAUCUUCCAAUGACACUCUAUGGAGAAGUUGGAUUCCUGAUGAGAAGUUCUUGAAAUUAAAGUCUUCUGUGAUGCAAGCCACUGCUAAAAGAGCCCCACACUAUCAGGAAGAGAGCCAUCACAGUGCUCCGCUGGCUGUUUACAGCACCGCGCAAGAGAUGAAUAAUGGGAGCGAGGUUAAACUGCCAAAUUUCAACAUGACAUGGGCCUUUCCAGUGGAUUCUGGCUUUAAAUACCUUGUUCGGUUGCAUUUUUGUGACAUUGUAAGUCUGGCACCAAAUGAACUAUACUUCAAUGUCUAUAUCAAUUACUACCUUGCUUGGAAAGAUCUUGAUCUCUCUAAUCUAACAAAUCAAGUGCUGGGUGCCCCUUACUAUAUGGACUUCAUUGCUGACUCUCAUAACUCAGGGUUAAUGCAUAUAAGCCUUGGUCCUUCGGAGAACAGCGAUCCCUCAAACCACAACGCGAUAUUAAAUGGGGUGGAAAUCAUGAAGAUGAAUGGUGUAAUAGGUUCUUUGCCCACAAGAAACUCAAAGAAACAUAUCAUUCUUCAGGCCGGAUUAGCUAUCGGAGGCUUUUCUUUCUUCUGCGUGUUGAUAGUAGCAUUCCUACUGGUAUACAAACAGAAGAGGAAACCCAAAGCUAAAGACACAUCCCCAGGCCCAUUUACAAAUGCUGGCCAAAAGAUAUCACUUGCUGAAAUACAAUUGGCAACUAACAAUUUCGACGAGAAUUCGCUCAUUGGUCGGGGUGGAUUCGGCAAUGUCUACAAGGGGGUGCUCGAGAACGGGAUGAAAGUAGCUGUGAAACGAAGCACACCUGGGUCUAGACAGGGUAGUUCAGAAUUCCUGACUGAGAUCAUGAUCUUCUCCAAGAUACGCCAUCACCAUCUCCUCUCCCUGAUUGGGUAUUGUGAAGAACAAUCGGAGAUGAUACUCGUCUAUGAAUUCAUGGAAAAUGGUACGCUACAAAAUCAUCUGUAUGGUUCGGAUUGUUUGCCUCAUAUGUCUUGGAGGCAGAGGCUUAUGAUAUGCAUUGGUUCGGCAAGGGGUCUGCACUACCUCCACACCGGUCCUGCACAGGGAAUUAUUCACCGUGACAUUAAAUCAGCGAACAUUUUGCUCGACGGGAACUACGUGGCGAAGGUUGCUGACUUUGGAAUUUCAAGGUCAGUCCAUGAUCCUGCUCAGUCCCAUGUGACAACCAACAUCAAGGGAAGCUUUGGGUACUUCGAUCCAGAGUAUUUUCGAUGGCGACAUCUGACAAAAAAGUCUGACGUGUUUUCAUUUGGGGUGGUGCUCCUUGAAGUCCUCUGUGCGAGGCCUGCAGUCGAUCAUUCACUUCCAUUCGAACAGGUGAAUUUAGCCAAUUGGGCUAUGCAGUGGCAAAAGGAGGGGUCGCUCCAGAAAAUUGUCGAUCCCCGCCUUGCGGAUGAGAUCAAUGCUGAUUCACUGAGGAAAUUCGGAGAGACAGUGGAGAGAUGUCUGGCGGAACGUGGUGAUGAUAGGCCCACAAUGGUAGAUGUGUUGUGGAACUUGGAAUGUGCACUGCGACUCCAAGAUAUGGCAACGCAUGCAGAGCCACCUGAAGACAGCACCCAAUCUGCAUAUGAGUCUCCUUUAUCAACAAUUCCUGCAAUUCAAGGAGAGUUGAAUGAAGAUAGCACUCACUCCUCAUCUGCAUCAACAGAGCCAAAUGAAGAGCGCGCUUGCUCUGCAUCUUAGUCACAAUUUUCCAACCAGAGUUUAUGAAGCUUCUGGCCAUACGUUUCCAGGAGGCUCUUCGAGGACAGCCGAUUUGGAUCUUCUUGCAUAUGAGAGGAUUGCAUAUGGCAUGUAGAGAACUCAAGAGAAUGCUAGAGUUCUGCAGAGAUCUCAGAAGAUUUUUAAAGAUCUCUAGAGGGGUCUUCUGGCUAUACUUGUGUGGAUGCAUCACAUGUAGUUUUAGGGAAUUCUCAAUUGUUGGAUGAUCACCACAUGGCUUCAUAAUAACGACUGAUGUAAAGCAGCUCAAAAUUUCAUAGGCAUCUCUGAUAGUUUUAAGCUCUUGAGUUCAUAAACAAUACAAGUCUCUUGCCUUUGUUUUC